AUGUCGAACUACAUGGAAUUUGUUGUUGCAAUGGUAGAACACGGAUCACUAAAUGUAAACGGUGAGUUUAGUAACGAAUGCAUAGAUGAUUUUAUAAAUGAAACUUCCACAGAAUAGUACAUCGUUCUAUCGUAUAAUCACGAAUUAAUUCAACAAUUAGAUAAGAAAAAUUACUACUAAAAACAAUACAUUUAUUCUUUGUUAAAAAUUUAGAAUUUAAAUGAUUUAUGUGUAUUACUAAAUACGACUUUUUUUUCAUGCGUCUAUAAUCAAUUUUGGUUACAUAAAUCUCACACUGAUAAAUACAUGUGUACAAGAACUUUCUUGUAGAUUAACAUUCAGUUUGGUGAUUAGUAAACAAUUUGUGUAACCCGUUAAUUUCCAAUCGGUUAUUUUACAAAAAUUAAACACUCCGUUGUGUUUAUUAGGAAAUGUUGAUGUUGAAUUAUCGAACGAUACGGUUAAAAAGUUUGACUACGAAGAGGCCAUCAUCGAUUUAAUGAACAGAGCAUUGUCAUUGACGGGACGGCGUCCGUUGAAACGGGAAUUACCGAAUGAGUUCACAAACCAGGUUGAAAAUAGAAUAAAACGUCAAAAAUUGGAAGAUGGCGUCAUAGUAACGGCUGCGGCUAUAAAAACAAAACUAUCGUGUUUUUUCGAAAUUGUUUCGAGGGCACCUAAACGAGGGUAUUCAGAAUUAGCAUCAUCAGACACGAUCAGCCCACCGAAACGGAAGAAGCUAACACCAAACGAUAUCGUGACGUAG